ACAGAUCAACAUGGCGACUUACAUGCGUAGUGCUUUCUCGUUUCUCUCUGCAGAGAGGGUUUUACUGUCAAAACAAGGCAUUGCUGUGCUGCCUAAGCGUGGUGUCCGGGCUCUGAGGAGGACACCCGUCAAGGUCAUCUACCCUGAAGAUGAGGUGGCUAAACGUGCCAAGCCUCCUCCGGUGGAAGUGAUGGAGCCUGCGGGGAGAAGGUCCGGGAGAGAGCCGCCUGUCAGCGGCGCUGACCCGGCGAGGACGAAGAACAGCGACCCGCUGUUUCUCCCCGCUGGGAGAAAGCAUGAAGUCGACGGACUUCGGUUCGAGAAGGCUUUUCCUGGGGAUAAAAGAUUAGCGCGGGUGGUGAGUGUGGCUCGCUCCAGGACGUUCCGCGAGCACCAAGGAAAAAUCCUCCUGGAGGGCAAGAGGUUGAUUUGUGACGCCUUGGCUGCUGGUGCCAAACCCCAGAUGGUGUUUUUCAGCACCGUGGAGCGUCUGCGAGAGCUGCCCCUGCACAAGCUGAGGGCGGCGACUCUGGUCAAAGUUAAAUUUGAGGAGAUCAAGAUUUGGUCUGAGGUCGUGGCCCCUCAAGGAGUGAUCGCCAUCUUUUCUCGGCCCGACCCGUCACAGCUGAGCUUCACGGACAUGGGUCACUCAGUGCCGUUGUCUCUUGUUUGUGAUAACAUCAGAGAUCCUGGAAACCUCGGGACCAUGCUCAGGUGUGCUGCUGCCGCUGGAUGCCACAAUGCACUACUCACCAAAGGUUGUGUCGACGCCUGGGAGCCCAAAGUCCUGCGUUCUGCCAUGGGCGCACACUUCCGUCUCCCUAUUUACCCAAAUCUCAGCUGGACUGAAGUUGAAAACUACCUCCCGGAGCAAACCACCGUCCACCUGGCGGACAACCACAGAGAAACUGUCGAUCACCAGCUCAUUACGUCCCACAAACCCACCAAAGCAGGGGACUACGGCUGGACCAGCACCAAACAGAACCACAAGAAGGCUCAGUAUGAUGAUGAUUUCCACUCAGAUUCGGACUCCGAUGAUGAAAACCAGGGACUCUGUGUCACCAGUCUGGACUCUAAGCUGUAUCACGACACGUGGGCUCAGGGUCCCACUGCCAUUGUGAUCGGUGGCGAGACUUGGGGCUUGAGCGCCGAGGCAGUGGAGCUGGCGGAGAGCUCGGCGGGACACAGGUUAUUCAUCCCUAUUGUUCCCAGUAUGGACAGUCUGAACUCAGCCAUGGCGGCCAGCAUCCUGCUGUUUGAAGGCAGGAAGCAGCUUCUGAAGCAGACGCAAACGUCAGGGAGGAAAGUGAGAUCGAAGAGAUAACUGUUUCUGGGAUCCUGGCCCUUUGUGUUGGGCCACUUAAUAAACCAUCACAGAGAGAGCUGCUUGUGUUUUCCUACGUUUGAACCCGUACUCAUCUGAAUAACAAAAACAGAGGCUCAAAAAACAAUAGAACAUGAGCGAUGGAUUUACAUGGGCCGUUUUCAGCACACACAUGCUCAAUAAAGAGACUAAUCUGGAUUAUUUAUUCACAUCAAUCUGCACCAUCUAAAUCGUCAGUGGGAACAAACUUUAUUUUAGACCUAAAGAAAAGAACUGACAGUGACUGGAAAUAAAACGGUUUCCUCGUUAAUAACCACACCUCGCCACUAGAGGGACCUUCACAGAAAAUCUCCCUUGCAGCUCUGAGGUGACUUCCAAACACGACCAUCACAUACCAUAAGACACAAGGGUAUCCAGAAAAAAGGUCAGUCAUUGGUCUGUAACAAGCAGGUGUUUGUCACUACAUGUGCUUGUGCAGCUAACGUCAUAACAAGAGACCAACAGGAGAAGAAGAAGUAGGUCCAGGUGGUUUCUCUAGAGUCUAUGUGAGAGAAAUGCUUUGUAAGGCCAAAAUAAACACUAAAACAUCAGGAUCUUCCAUAUAUAUAUAUUACUGUAGGACAAUAGUAAAAGCAAGGCACCACAGGAGAGAGAGAGGAGACCGGGUGAAGAACAAAGACGUCUUAAAAAAAAUGCUAAAAUGUCAUUAAAAGUCUUUGACUCAUAGUGUAGGGGGUGAGAGAACGGGGGAGGAGUGAUGGCAGGUGAGUCCCACAAUGUCCAGUUCAGAUUCUUCAGAUGGGCUCCGGCUUGAGCUUUUCGGCCAGGAAGUCGCCGACGAACUGCUCCACCACGGCCGGCGUGAUCUCCUCCACGUCCCUCACAUACUUGGCCCGGGCCGACAUGUCCAGGAUAGUGAGCAGAGGUGCCGCUUCCGGGAGGUUGGUGUAGUCCCGCAGGGAGUCGCUCAUGUCGUCCUGAAAGAGAUGCGCAUUGUAA